CCUGUCCUCAAAGAAUGGAUCCCCAAAGCAUGAGGGAAGAUCUCCGUCUGUUUCAGAGCACUUUGCUGCAGGACGGACUCAAAGAGCUUCUGAAUGAGAAUAAAUUAAUCGACUGUAUCCUAAAGGUUGGAGACAGAAGCAUCCCCUGCCAUCAGCUCAUUCUGUCCGCCUGCAGUCCUUAUUUCCGGGAGCUGUACUUCUCACAAGAUGCCAAGGAAACGGAUAGAAUGGAGGUUGUUCUGGAGAACCUGGAUCCCGAUGUUAUGGAGUCGAUUGUAAAUUACAUGUACUCAGCGGAGAUUGACAUCAACGACGACAAUGUGCAGGGUAUUUUGGCUGCUGCCAACCGCUUCCAGAUCCCCUCGGUGUUCACAGUCUGUGUCAAUCAUCUCCAGAAGACGCUGUCAGAGAAAAACUGCCUCGCCAUAUACAGGCUGGGACUGAUGCUGAACAGCGCCAGAUUGGCAAUGGCAGCUCGAGAUCACAUUGCAGACCGGUUUGAGACCAUAGCCAAGGAUGAGGAUUUCUUAGAGCUCACUCCACCUGAACUCUUCGCCAUUAUUGGAGCGGAUGCAUUAAACGUGGAAAAAGAGGAAGUAGUGUUUGAGACCCUCAUGAGGUGGAUCAGAAAGGACAAAGAGAAGCGCGUGACAUCCUUAGUGGAGGCCUUUGACUCCAUUCGUUUCCGUUUACUCCCAGAGAAGUACUUCCAGGAGAAGGUGGAGAAGGAUGACCUCCUUAAAACUGAUCCUGAGAUUCUCAAAAAAAUCAAAGUCAUAAAGGAAGCCUUUGCGGGAAAGCUGCCAGAGACGAAGAAGGGGGAAGACGAUGAGGAAGGAGAGGAGGGAAAGUUGCCCGGCUAUCUGAACGAUAACCGCAGAAAUGGCAUGUAUGCCAAAGACAUGAUUCUGAUGAUCAAUGACACCGCUGCCGUGGCCUAUGACGUCCAGGAGAAUGAAUGUUUGCUUGCUGCAAUGUCCGAGCUGGUCCCCAGAAACCACGUCAGUCUGGUAUCGAAGAAGAACAAGCUGUAUGUCGUGGGAGGACUGUUUGUAGAUGAAGAGGACAAAGAAAAGCCAUUGCAGUGUUACUUCUACCAGUUCGACAGUCUCACGGCUGAAUGGAUCGCUCUGCCACCCAUGCCCUCCCCCAGGUGUUUGUUUGCUCUGGGGGAAUGUGAAAAUAUCCUCUUUGCUAUCGCAGGAAAAGAUUUACAGUCUAAUGAGUCUCACGACGGCGUUCUGUGCUAUGACACUGAAAAAAUGAAGUGGAGUGAAACUAAAAAGUUGCCCUUGAAUAUCCAUGGCCACUGUGUGGUCUCUGAGAACGGGCUGGUGUACUGUAUCGGAGGAAAAACAGAUGACAACAAAGCAACAAAUAAAAUGUUUGCAUACAACCACAAGAGGUCAGAGUGGAAGGAGGUGGCUGCCAUGAAGACACCCAGAGCCAUGUUUGGGGCAGUUAUCCACAACGGGAAGAUUGUUGUCGCCGGGGGAGUCAAUGAGGAAGGCCUCAUAGCUGCAAGUGAAGAGUACGACUUUGGAACCAACAAGUGGUCCCCCUUCAUAGAGUUGCCCCAGGAGAGGAGUUCAAUCAACCUGGUGAGCUGUAGAGGCCAGCUGUUCACUGUCGGAGGCUUCGCCAUGGUGGAGAACGAGGACAAAGAGUGUGCGCCCAGUGAAAUCAUCGACAUUUGGCAGUACGAAGAGGACAAGAAAGAGUGGACUGGUAUGAUCAGAGAGAUGCGUUAUGCAGCAGGAGCCUCCUGUGUGUCCAUGCGUCUCAAUGCAGCCAGAAUGCCCAAACUGUAACAAGUUUAAUAUUAUGUACAUGCUCUAAUCUAGUGGCUCGUUGUUGUCAUUUAACAUUUUAACACAUCACAUGUCCCCUUUGCCUGUUCUGAGUGGUUUAAGUAAAUGUAUCAUAGUUCUAAUUUUCUUAUUUCUUCUCACUUGCACCCAUUAAAUAAGAGUAUUAUAUCUGUAAUCAGGAAACGUUUCUCUUCCAGUCAAUUACAACAUGUACCUUGUAACUGUUCUGUAUUAAAAUAUACUCUCCCACA